AUGACGCUCGACUACAGGGUGACCAUGCCACCUUACGGACUGGAGUUUCGACAAUUCUUCAAGCAGUCUGAUUCCGACCUGUUUAAAGCCCUCUCCGAUCUCAUGGACAUAGUACCAAGUACCAGUGUUGGACUACAUCAGGCAACCGAGAAGAACGAGGCUUUUAUGGAUGGACGCCGCUAUCUGAAGCAAAUGAUCGCUGAUCACUUUACAAGGGUGGACGGCAGCACACAACUGUACAUUGGAAGAGAGAGCGUUUUACCGGGUCUUGGAGCGUGGCCCAUACCUCAUGACGCUCCCUACAAACCUCAGUUGGAUAAAUUUAUAUUGUACAUCGUUGAGGUGAGUUGCAAUGUGCUUGUGGGUGAAAGGAAUCUAUAA